AUGCCCGGCCCUGGAGCCGAGCUCGUUUUAGGUCCGAUGCUGUUCGGCGUCCUGCUCAGCAUCGGCCUCUACGGCGUGAUGACAGCACAAAUGUUCGCGUAUUACCAACGCUUCCCCAACGAUUUUCGCUGGAUCCGCCUGUUCAUGCUGUACCUCUUCCUCGCGGAGACCGCCGUCGUCGUCGCGGAGGUGGGGAUCAUCUACCAGCCGCUCAUCCAGGAGUUCGGAUCGCCGCUGGCGCUGCAGAACCGCCCUGCGUGUACGUCUUUCCGCUCUCCGUACGGCGGUCUCCGGUUUCGGCUCGUCUGCUUACACGCCAAACUUGCAGAUUCGCUCUUGAUCAUCCUCGUCUCCACCCCGAUCCAGCUAUUCACCGCGUGGCGGAUCAAAGUGAUAACCCACUCGUACAUCCUCCCGUCAAUCAUCUCCCUCUUCGCCAUCGCGUCCUUCGCCUCGGGCCUCGUCCUAUCGGCAAACGUCUUCGCGCACGCGCACUUCCGCGACUUCCCCGCGUUCGCGACGGAGGCGAUCACGUGGCUCGUCGCGACGGCGGCGUGCGACGUGCUGGUCGCGGUGGGGAUGACGCAUGCGCUGUUGACAAGGAGGACGGGGUUCGGCGGGGUGGACGGGCAGAUUAACCGGAUUGUGAGGAUGACGAUCGAGACGGGCGCGGUGACGGCGGUCGCGGCGAUCGCGGAUAUCCUCCUGGCGUCGUUCGUCCCCGGCACAACCAACUUUAUCGUCGACUUCCCGCUCUCGAUGCUGUACACGUGCUCCGUCCUCGCAAUGCUCAACUCGCGCACGCCGCGCAGCGGCAAGAACAGCAGCAGCAGCAGCGGCCCGCAGAUGCUGCCCUCGCCCGCGACGUCGCGCACCGGCGCCGGCGGGGCGGCGAGGUGGCACACGCAGCUCGCGCCGACGAUGCACCUGUCCCGCUCGCCCCGGCCGACCGUCCGGCGCGUGACGGCGGGGUACACCAGCCCCGGGCCCACGCUCGACAUCGCGCGCAGCCCGGAGUCCGCCGAGUGGCCAUGGUACGGCAUGACGAGUGCGAACAAGCCGGCCGACGCGUUCGCGAUGCAGCCGCUGGCCCGCGAGUCGGCGCCGGCCGGGCCACAGAAGGUGGCCGUGCCGGUGCCGAGGCCGGCGGAGCCGCAUUUCUUCUGA